UCCUAGUUUGCAGGCAGUCCGCAAUGCUUGCAGGCAGCAGGUCCAGCUAGAAAACUAUCCAUGCUCAGUGCUGAGCUGAAAUGUUGACUGCAGCUGCGCAUGCAAACCGUUUCCCAAACUGGGGAGUGGAGGUUACUGAAAGGUGCUACAUUUUUAACCGGUGAUCCUCAGCUCAGAGCCGACUCUCCACCCCUGUCCAGCCUGCUCUGCAGUUUGUGAAAGGGGGAUGCUAACUCAUUAACAGUGAGGCAUGAGAUGAAACGCUUCCGGUUUCAGACACGUUACAGAGCAGGGGCUGGAAAAUAAACAGGGGACAGAAAAAACGAGGAGCUUGGAAACUGCUUUCUGCCAUAAAGUGAAGCUGUCAGGGGGCAGCGCGGACGGGCUGUUUCAUUUAAGGGUGCUGUAUUCACUUUCUUGUGUUAGAAUUUAGUUUAAGGAGGACUGAUAUUUUUUCUCUGGAUUUGCUGUUGCAGUGUCUGGAUUUUUUUUUUUGGGAAAGGAACUGUAAGGCUGCGCUUGCUUUGGAUUAGGAGACGUUCCUCUCGCAUGGGAGGCGGAGGAGGAGACGCUGCCUACAGUCUGAGCAGGUCCGAGUGAAAUACCUAAUCUUAGCCAAAGAGACCUAUUGACAUUUGGAAAGUUUUACCCCACCGUUUAAGCUAAUAAACUGUAAACAUUGGCAUGCUUUCUGUACUCCGACAGUGAGCGUGAAUUGCUUUAGAAAAACACACACCAUGCAGAUGGUAGUAACCCAGUAAAAUUAUUCCUAAGCAGUGCUCUUUGGCUUUGGGGAAAAGUUAUGAUGAUCCCACGCAUUCUGCAAAAAGCAAAGUGAAAGCAUCCCGAAGUCAUUUAGGAAGAGAAAUACUACCAGCUGGGAAUGUCACUGGAAUGUUACUGUUUGUUGUGAGUCUGAGAUCAAGCUCCCUGUUGAUCCAUGAACUGGAAGAAGCAGUUUGAUAUGGGGGAAUUUUAAUGACAUUAUUAGAUCUCUGCCAAGAGGAGGAGACCUGUGCUUCUGACACUGGGAUAUUUUAUUGUUCUCAUCGCCUCAUCGGUACCUUAUUACACUGAAUAUUUUGUACGAUGGCGGGGUUCAAGAAACCCGAACUGGUUUGGGGAAUGAUGUUGCAUGUUUUGGCUCUGUCAGAUUGGGUUCAGCUCACGCAGGGAGGGCACACAGGACAGCAGUAUAAUGGUGGAUUUUAUGCAGUUGAUCAGCAUUUAUCUGGAACAGAGGAGCAUAUACUAGUAAAAAGACAUUUUUCAAGUCACAGAUGGAAAAGACAGUCUGAACUUUCCCCAAAGUCAGUGGAUACUAAUAGAGCAAGCACUGGGCAGGAUAUCACAACUCUUGUGAUUGAGGAAGACCAGGAAAACAACACACAGAUUGAGGAGGAUACAGAUCACAACUACUAUAUGUCUAGGAUAUAUGGGCCAUCUGAUUCAGCCAGCAGCGACUUGUGGGUAAAUAUUGAUCAAAUGGACAAGGACAAAGUAAAGAUUCAUGGAAUUCUAUCCAAUACCCAUCGGCAAGCAGCAAGAGUGAACCUAUCGUUUGAUUUUCCAUUUUAUGGUCAUUACCUGCGUGAGAUCACUGUGGCAACUGGGGGUUUUAUAUACACCGGAGAAGUAGUGCAUCGAAUGUUAACAGCAACCCAGUACAUUGCUCCAUUAAUGGCAAAUUUUGAUCCAAGUGUGUCCAGAAAUUCAACAGUGAGAUACUCUGACAAUGGUACAGCACUUGUUGUCCAGUGGGAUCAUGUUCAUCUUCAGGAUAACUACAAUUUAGGCAGUUUCACAUUCCAAGCAACCCUACACAGUGAUGGACGCAUCAUCUUUGGAUACAAGGAUGUGCCUGUUUUGGUGACACGGAUUAGUUCAACAAAUCACCCAGUGAAAGUAGGCCUUUCUGAUGCAUUCGUUGUUGUCCACAGGAUCCAGCAGAUACCCAAUGUUCGUAGAAGAACCAUAUAUGAAUACCAUAGGGUAGAGCUGCAAAUGUCGAAAAUCACAAAUUCGACUGCUGUGGAAAUACUACCAUUACCUACUUGUCUCCAGUUCACAAGUUGCGAUUCCUGCGUCAAUGCCCAAAUUAAUUUCAACUGUAGCUGGUGCAAUAAAUUAGAAAGGUGUUCCAGUGGAUUUGAUCGACAUCGACAGGACUGGAUAGACAGUGGCUGCCCUGAAGAGUCCAAGGAAAAGAAGUGUGAGAAUGCCCUGCAACCAACUCAAAUGCUGUCUUCCUACACAACGACUGUAUUACCACAAACAACAACAAGAUUCCAGGCUUUAACAACUUCCAAAGAGAGCAGGACUUCAAGACCUCCAACAAGUUUACCGACAGAAGAUGACACAAAGAUAGCAUUACACCUCAAAGAUAAUGGGGCUUCAACAGAUGACAGCACUGCAGAAAAGAAAAACGGGUCUUUGCAUACUGGUCUGAUAGUGGGAAUUCUUGUAAUCACUGUUAUAGUUGCAGCUGCUGCCUUAGUGACGGUUUAUGUGUAUCACCAUCCUACAUCUGCAGCCAGCAUUUUCUUUAUUGAGGUAACUCACUUCUUCAAAAGUGCGGCGUCCAAGCAGAUGGCCAGCAAUGAAGUUUAGAAGAGGCUCUGGGCAUCCAGCUUAUGCUGAAGUGGAACCUGUUGGACAAGAGAAGGAGGGCUUCAUUGUAUCAGAGCAAUGCUAAAGUAUUAUGGGACAUUCAAUGAGUACUGGGCAGGAACUGUAGAACUUUUUGCCUGGAUAUUUGCAGAGAAAGAUGCCCUAACCUAGUAUUGUUCAAGUCCAACAGACUUCUGGACUGACUUUUAAUCAAGAAGACAAGCUAACUGCAAAGUAGUCUUCCUUAGUGAUAAAGUAUCGUCCAUGCAGAAUGCAACAAGGUCAAGAGGACACCCACACACAUGAUGUGCGGCCAUCUCUGUGCUGAAUUGCUCACAAAGGGUGCAUAUUAACUGAGUUUGGCUGUUUGUUUCUGAGGAUUGAACUAACUGCAAAGGCGCCUGUACUCUAAAACUGCCAGCAAUUUCAGCAGAACUAUUUCAUAUCAUGCCAUACUCAGUAUACAGUAUCCAUUCAGGGUUUGUAGUAAAAUGCAAAUACUUAUCUCUCUAUUUUCAUUUAAGUCUGACAGUUUUUAGCAGUUUAGAUAUAUAAAUUCAAUUAUGGCAUUUGUAGUGUGUCAUCUACUGUAAAAAUACAAAAAUUAUAUUCAUAUAAAAAACAGUAUUCAUCAAAGUUUGUGACUUGGAGACCUGCAAAGAUCAGAGAUCAGUGUCUAAUUGUACAUGAAACUUUUCUAAUGUGCGCUGCUAUUUCAUUGGAAACUAAAACCUUUUGCCCAAAGCUCAGAGAGUGUUCACAGUGUCACAUAUGGCUUAAUUUCAUUUGAUUUAAUUUCAUGUUAAAUGAAGUGGAAAACAUGGCAUUGUAAUCACUUGCAGUUUUUGUGUAUGAAUUUGCUUCCACCAUUCCAUUUCGUGUUUUAAUACCAUUUCUGUUUUUCUGAUUCAUUUUAGUGAAACCAUUCUUCAGUAAAAAUAUAUAAUUAGAGUAAUAAUAACAAGUGCACUGUUAUGCAUACAGUUAUCUGAGCUCACUAGUGUAGUUUGAAAUGGAAAUCAAACUGGAAUCCAAGAAUUGCUUAAUUUACAUAUUUUUUUAUUUGCUUUUAUGUCUUUUCCAUAUCUAUUCAAUGACAGUGGUAUGAUAAGUGUUAUGACUUUGAAUACGUCUCAUACCAAAAUAUAUAAUAAUUGGUGUAAAGCACCAUACAGUAUUUACCAUCAGGCUCUGCGGUAGUAAGCUGUGCCAUUAUUGUCAGGAAAUUUUUAAAACAAUUUAUCCAGGUAUAGAAAACUUUAACAAUUUCAUGAUGAUACUGAUAAGUUUUGAAGUUAGUCCAUCAUAUACCGUAUGGAGUUGAGGCUUACUUGCAUUCUUUAACAUAUUUUUAGCAUGCCAUUUGACAGUGAGGCUGGCUGCAGCAUAUAAGUAGAGAACAACUAUGCUAUAAAAUGUAAGAAAAAGUCUACACUGUAGCAGAGAGCACAUCAUGAAUAUUGAAUGAAAAUAUUAAAAGUGUGUGUAUGCUAUAUGUUAAA